AGCUCUGCAUCAACCUCUCCUCCAUCCACGUUGUCUUCUCAUCCUCACUCUCAGGUGUUCAACAGUCUCAGAGCCCAAACCCUGGUCUGCUCCUCUUCUGAGAAAUAUGGAAAUCACUAGCAACCACAGUAGUAGCAUGAUGUGGUUUUUUAAGGAUAGAGGAUUUGAUGAUAACAACAUACAAGGAAUGUUCAGAAAGUGCAAACGCCUUGAGGUUUUACAUCAGGAAAAAGCAAAUGAGAAUUGGGAGUACCUGAGAAGCAUUGGAAUUCAAGAAAGGAAACUUCCCUCAAUUGUUUCAAAAUGUCCCAAGAUUCUUGCAUUGGGUCUUAAUGAGAAGAUUGUGCCCAUGGUUGAGUGUCUCAAGACACUAGAAACAAAACCCCAUGAAGUUACUUCUGCCAUAACCAAGUUCCCUCACAUACUCUCACAUAGUGUGGAAGAGAAGCUUUGUCCCCUUUUGGCCUUCUUUCAGGCAUUGGGCAUCCCUGAAAAGCAAAUUGGGAAAACCAUACUGCUUAACCCUAGGCUUAUCAGCUACAGUAUUGAAACAAAGCUUGCAGAAAUUGUGGACUUCUUUGCUAGCCUUGGUCUCAGUAAAGAUGGAUUGAUUGGAAAAGUUAUAGUCAGGGACCCCUUUAUUAUGGGUUAUAGUGUUGAUAAAAGGCUCCGCCCUACUUCGCGGUUUCUGAAGUCAAUAGGUCUGACCGAGUCGGAUCUUCAAGCAGUGGCUUUGAACUUCCCAGCAAUCUUGAGUAGAGAUGUGAACAAGGUUUUGGCACCCAAUUAUGCUUAUUUGAAGAAAUGUGGAUUUCAAGACGGACAGCUAGUUGCUUUGGUGGUUGGUUUUCCUCCUAUCCUGAUCAAGAGCAUCCAGAAUUCUUUAGAACCAAGGAUCAAGUUUUUAGUAGAUGUAAUGGGGAGACAAGUUGAUGAAGUCAUUGAUUAUCCUUGCUUCUUUCGUCACGGCCUGAAGAAAAGAUUAGAGUUGCGGUACAAAAUUUUAAAGCAGAGGAAUUUGAAUUGUAGCUUGAGUGAAAUGCUGGACUGUAAUGAGAAGAAGUUCCUCAUGAAGUUUGGCUUGUUAGAAGGAUGUGCCUUGAGUAACUAGGUCUCAUCCCUAGUUUAAUUUGUUAAAUGAUUUUUGUAGUUAGUUGAAUAGUUUUCGUAUUUCUUUCCUCUGAUGUGUGGUCUCUUAACUUUCAAAGUUUUUGUGAUUCCAUUUAUGUCUGAUCGGUUGUUCAAUUUCUUAAUUUUGUGAUCAGUUGUAACCAAGAUGAUAGGUUAUCCUUUGGAUCUGAUUGCAGUAUGGUAAUGAGGGUUCCUCUGUCAUCAUUUGGUUCUGGUGCAAAUUUU